AUGUUGGCGGCCUCUCCACACGCGCCGCGGUAUACCUAUAGGCAGUCCACGCGGGACGGCCACGUUAAACGAACCGAUUAACGACAACCGUUUCGAAUAAAUACAGUUGGUGUUCCAUAUUAUACUGUAAGUGUAAAACAAUAAUAAUUAUUUCCACGUUUGAACGUCAAAUUUAACUGCCAACCGACCCGGGAUUAUUUAAUACUGAUACUGCGUGUAACAUACAGAUUUUUCAUUUUAAAACGAUUAAGCUAACUAAUAGGUCGAGACGAAUUUGUUUUUUAACAAGCCGACCAAAUCAGACUGUAGUUUUAACGAAUAAUAAGGCCAAGUCGCAUUCAUUUACCCACGAAUAUGGUACUAAUAAUUAAGCAUUGUGGCCGCCUGUUGAUCCGAGACAACGUUCAGCGAACUUGUUCUGUAUGGUCUAGAACAGGACGCAAACAACCUGCUAGAUGGCGAACUGACUCAACUGCGACAAAAGUGAUCACUUCAAAUUUGCCAGACGUGGAAAUCCCAUCUGGAUUGAUCUACGAAAACAUAUGGCGCAAUUUAGAAAGAUGGCCCGACCGUGAAGCUGUGGUUUGCGGUGUAACCAAUAGGAAGUAUACGUACUUUGAACUGAGGUCGGCAUGCAAAAGGUUUGCUGCUAGUCUAAUAAAACGUGGCGUUGACGAGGGUCAAGUCAUCGCUAUACUUUUGCCUAACAUUCCCGAGUUUGCCGUCUGUGCUCUGGGCUGCAAUGAAGCCGGCAUAGUAGUGACCACCAUGAAUCCUUUGUACACGGCAUACGAAAUAGCUCAUCAGCUCAAAGACUCCGGAGUUGUUGGCGUAGUCACUAUCGAUGAACUUCUGCCACGAGUAUUGGACGCGGAAAAAAUGAUUGCAGCCACCGAAAAGAAGUCCUUUUUCAACAUUUCCAUCAACCUGAACGGUUACAGAGCGGAAGAUGCGUGGGAUUUUUUCGAAAUGAUCGAUUCGUCCGUGGACACGUCCCAAUUCAAAUCGGCUACCGGACCUAACAAUAGUUUGGCGUUCAUGCCGUACUCGAGUGGCACUACUGGACUAUCGAAGGGCGUCGAGUUGUCCAACAAAAAUAUCAACAGCAACCUAUCUCAAAUGACCCAUCCUGAUAUAAGACACGUGGUUGACACUACACCUGACUAUCAAGAUGUAUUACCAGCAAUAUUACCGUUUUAUCAUAUUUAUGGUUUGACGAUACUCUUGUGUAACGGGUUAUUGCACGGGAACAAACUGAUCUCAUUGCCAAAACUCGAAUCCGAACGUUUUUUAUCCAUACUUAAAGAUGAUAAACCUACAGUAUUAUACGCUGUUCCGCCAUUGAUUUUGUUAUUGGGCCAGAAUAAAAGAGUUACCCCUUCACAUUUUGAGUCUUUGAAAGUUAUUUGCAACGGCGCCGGUCCCGUUAAAGAAGCAGACGGUGAAAAAAUAUUGAACAAAGCAAAAAAUAAAGAAUUAAGAUUUUUACAAGCAUACGGUAUGACUGAAACAUCACCGUUAGUGUUUGUGACUCAAAAUAGUGAUCGAAACAGUUAUCUGACGGUCGGCCCUCCCGUAUCCAACACACAAGCUAGAAUUGUUGAUCCAGACGAUUCCAGUAAGUUAUAUGGUCCAGGAGAAGUUGGCGAAAUCCAAGUUAGAGGACCUCAAGUGAUGCUCGGCUAUCACAAUAACCCAGAAGCCACAGCCAGCACUAUUGAUUCUGAAGGAUGGUUGUCUACCGGCGACAUAGGUUACUACGAUGAAAAUGACAAAUUUUACAUAUCGGACCGCUUAAAGGAAUUAAUAAAGGUCCAAGGAUACCAGGUGCCUCCUGCUGAACUGGAAGGUCUUCUGAGGACGCAUCCGAAAAUCUUAGACGCGGCUGUUGUGGGCGUGCCGCACCCCAGGACUGGGGAGGCGCCCCUCGCGUUUGUUGUGGUCAACCCUGACGAACCAACACCAUCAGCCGAAGACGUACAGAGCUUCAUAUCAACACGUGUGUCACCGUAUAAGCAGAUCACAGGUGGCAUACAGUUCGUCGAAUCGCUACCCAAGAGCACGGCGGGAAAAAUCCUUCGGCGGCUACUUAAAGACGAAUACAUGAAAAAACACAAGACUGCCUAGUUACGACAUCACUUCAUAUAUUAUUAUACAUGUCUGUUAUUAUAUUAUUAUGUACAACAUAGUAUCGAAAUUGUUUAACAUAAAAACAAUACACCGUACCAUAAUGCAAUGGUAUGAACACUUAUGUUAUAAUAUGUUUUAGUUUAGUAAAAUUGUAUGUGUACCUUAUAAAUCGAGUCUAAUGUAAUUAAAUAGGUUAUAGGUACCAUUAACAAAUACAAGUAUAAAUAUUUAAUAUUAAAGGUAUAUUAGUUAAUUUUAA